AUGGAGCUUUCGUCCGCCGGCUGCGCUGAUUGCUGCAGCGACUGCACCCCCCGUCCCCCCGCUUGCUGUGCUACGUCAGGCAGCUGCUGCGAAGAAGCUGCCUGCUGUGAAACGAAUUGCCAGCUGCUGCCGAGCGAUCAGGCGAUCAGCUAUGAAUAUCAUGAGCCCGAAGAGAAUUUUGUGUCGAUUGAUGAUGCGAAGAUUAAAAGCUUGCUGCUCAAGAUUGGACAACAGCAGCAGCAACAACGACAACAAUUACAGCGCGAAUUGCAGCAAGAAAGGGAACGACAACAGCAGCAGCAACAGAUUAUUGAGCUAUUGGAUGAUGAUGAGACUGCAAUUCGACGCUCACCUGAUAUACAGUUGAUUCCCAAGCCCGUGGAACAACAUCGCAUUGUGGCACGCAUUGAGCUGAGCGACAGUGAGUGCGAUGAGGAAGAUCAGGAGACAAUAGCUGAGAAGGAGUUGCCACUCAGCUGUGAACUGCGAUCGAGUCCGGCUCACAUCAUCGUGCUGCAGUCAGAUGAUGAGGAGCAGACGAAUCUUUUGCAGCCACUGCCUCCAAAGGUUGAAACUGCAACAAAGAAAAGACCCACGAGACCUUAUGUGAAGCGACGGGGUCGCAAUUUCUAUCAGUGCCAAGCGUGUGGCAAGAAAGUGCAGUCCAACUACAAUUUGCGGCGUCACAUGAUGAUACACACAGGAGAACGUCCCUUUCCAUGCGACUUAUGCGAACGUCGCUUUCGAGAGUUCAGCGAUCUGAAAAAGCAUCGACGUCGACACAUGAACGAUCCGCGCUAUAUCUGCAUGAUCUGUCACUUGUAUCCACCGAUGGAGCAGGACUCCACGCGCUGUGUGGAAUGCGAGGGCAAGAAUCUGUUGCUCAAUCCUCAGGACUGUGAAGAUGGGCCAGAAGUUGUGAAUGCUGUGGACAAAGACGAUGACGACGAUGAAGAGGCUGAACCAGAAGCAGAGCCAGAUCAGGCACAGGAAACAGAUCAAGAGGAAGGAGAUGAUACGUUGAUGUCGCCACCACCAGUUGCCACAACUUUAAUAGCCCCGCCGUCGCCCUUGCUGGUGGUCACCUUGGUGCCUCCAUUGCCAACGCCACCUCCCAGUGCAUCGGUAACCAUUUCGAGCAUUCCGCGGAGCUACAGCAGCGCCAACUCUUCCUCGUCGCUGAGCAACGAUGCAACAUUAGUGUCGCAGUUACCAGCGCGAACUUCUCGCAAUCGACGUUCCUAUCCCUGUCCGCUCUGUCAUCGUCCAUUCGGAACGCGGCACAAUCUCAAGCGACACUACAUGAUACACACGGGAGAGAAACCCUUCAGUUGCACCAAGUGUCGGAAGCCGUUUCGGGAGUGCUCCACGCUCAAGAAGCAUAUGGUGACCCAUGUGCGUGAACGCUGGUAUAAAUGCCUGAGGUGUCCAGCCAAAUAUAAGGACUAUUUGCAUUACACAUCGCACAAGGCGACGCAUGGCAAUGAGACACCACUGGAGUUGGGAUCUGUUGCUCAGCAUAGAGUGCGUUCCUCGGACAGUGACGAUGGGGAAAGCUCUCUGGAGGAUUGGCUGGAAUGCUGUGAGUGCCAGAGUCGAUUUACACGCCUGGAUGCGUAUACAGCACAUCUAAAGCAACACGAUUUGGAACUGUAUGGCAUGAGUGUGGAUGAUGUGGAGGAUGACGAUCAGGAAGUCGAAGUGGCCUAGUUCACGAUGUACUGCAAAGCUUAGAGCAGUUUAAUUAUAGGCAAUGUGAGCCUAUUUAGGUUGUAACAUUGUUAAAGAUCUAUGUGUCUGCCUGUCUGUCCACCUCUCUAAAUGACUGGAUUCCAGAAACUAUAAGAGCUAGAGCUAUGAAACUUUGUAAUAUUACUUUUAAUGAGUCUGUAAAGCUCGAGUUUAGUUUAGAAUUUAGCCACGCUCCCUUAUUAUAGUUAUAAAAAGACUAUGGAGACCAUUCCAUACUGUAAACCUGACUCUUCAAUCAACAUAAUUCACUCCCAGGCUGUAUUUUCCUUAAAGAAACAAAAAGCGUAAAGCUUUAAGCGGUAAACCGAAAUCCUAAUAUUUUCUACAAAAAUAUUAUUUCCCCACAAUGCGAAUUAAGACUUAAUGUAUAUGAUAAAACAUUAGCAUUUAUAUUUU